AACCUCGUUUCUUCGUUAAAAAACAUACAGCGGGGCUAAAGAAAGGCAAGUGGCGUUCCUGCUGCAUUGCAAAGGAUAUAAAAUGUAUAUAUUCCGGAUUUGGGAAAAUGUUACUUGAGAAAUCAUUGUCCAGUGGGCACCAGUGAAAAGGGGCGCUGAGGGGCCAACAAGCGUUGUUGAGAAUUUCUUUAAAGGUAAAAAUGCAGCCAGAUUCUACCAAUGGUUUGAAAAGACCACAUAUUCAUAAUUCAUAUAAAAUCAUUAAGAUCCAUUUCCAAAACCUGCCAGUUUGUUUUGCAGUUCCAUAUGAUCAUUUUUGUACAAUAAUUUACAAUAUAACAAUAAUGGGAAGGAUAUGAGAAGGGUUUUACAGGUGGUUUUUAAACAAAACAAAAACAACUGAUCUUUUUUUACACUUAGAACACUAUAUAACUAUUGUCAGUCCUCAGUGCCUCUGGUUGUAUUACAUAACUAUUAAGUGUCUUUUAUUCAUGUGUUCUGUUAUAUUUGAUUGAUCCUUCAUCUGCGUCUGAAUCCUUCCCUGCUAACUGAUAGGCAGGAAACAUCAGGCAAGGUGAAAACAGGUAACAGAGGUCUACACAAAAGAGGCAGUCCGAGAAAAAAAAGAUCUCUAUAUGCAGGUAUAGCUGUUUGGGAUGUGAGUGUGGGGGAGCUGGGAGGUCAGGGGACUGCAAGUAAUAAAGAUCAUCAAAGCUGGGGGGAAAGUGCGGACACGCACGGACCGAGAGAGAGAAGUGAUCUGAAAACAAAAGGAGAGGUGACAAAAAAACACGAGGAAUGAAACAGAAGCGGGGCAGAUUAUUUUCAGAGGGUUUAUUUAGUCCAAAGUCAAUAGCCUGUACGCCAGAUAAUCAUUCCCGAAGAUUACAUUCUUUGAAUAAUGGCAUCAGUUUUUUUAUAUGUGGAGUAAAUUUAUUUUAUGUUUUUUGUAGAAUAUGAAAAGAGAGUAAACUUAAAGUAAAGACCAUUUAAAGUAAAGACCAUCCAUAUAUGUCAAAUUAAUGUGAUCAGAGAGAGAGAGAGGUAUCUAUAAAUCAUUUAACCUAUUUGCAUUAAUCCAUAUAUAUAUACUUUUAAUUUGAAAUGUGUAAAUGCCCCCUGAGUAUUUGAACAUCACUUAAAUGGUGAUUCCAUAUGCUGCCACACGAUGGCAGUCGUAUAAAGCUGACAAUUGGCACUUUUUCAACUCAAUAAUCGGAAUAGCUUUCGGAAUUUGCUCAACAAGUUGGCUCAUCCGCCAGCUGAUUUACGGCUAUUUGGUUUUUUUCAAAGGCACUCAAUUGCUCAAUGUCGACAUUUUUGAGUCAAGCACUGCUUUCUCUCAUGAUAUCUCUGCCUGUUAGUCAUUCCUGAAAUGUUUAUGUUUAAUCUAUUGGAGGAACGAUCCUGUAUCGGAUGAGGAUUGAAGGGGAAACUUUAAAUGUGUGCUUUAUACGGAAGCAAUAUAAAUGAUAAUUCAACAUUUGGAUAUACUCCCACUUAUCUUAUCCACAGAAAUCACCGUUUUGUAAUAUUCGGCCAAUAGCUUCUGUGAACAAAUGAGACACCACCAGGGAACAUUGAUUUACAGACAACUCAGUGAAGAGGAGUUUUUCGUAUAAGCUUAUAGAGUGCAUGCGGAGUCCAGCUGCCAUUACCUAGACUUCCUCUCAGCAGUAAUAAAUUAAAUACGCUUCAGCCUAAACCAUUCCGACAAUAAAUCAAACGUGAAAAUAUGAGCUCAUCUGGAAACAACAUCGCAUCCUAAUUUUGGCUACAUUUAACUUUUUUUUUUAUUGGUCUUUUAUUUGGUCUUUUAAUUGAGACAUAUGAAUCAGGAAUUCAGACACAGUCCAAAAGCUUUCUUCAUACCCGCAUUUCUUUUUUAAAAGCUCUAUCACAAUGAUAGAGUUCCACCCAGUAGGGGUGGGAACCGGCCGGAUGGCCGCUCGUGGAGGCGCAUUCUCUGCAGCGCUUAGUCGGUCACAAGACCAGGACAUCGUUGAGCAAAAACAUCGGCACGCCGACAGGUUAUUCAGAAGCUCACUGGCCCACAGAUUGCUCUCUUCUCCGCAGCCGACGUCCAACAAGUUCGUCCAUUUAGAAAACUACUUUCAUGCGCGCUGCCGCGCCACGCUGAAUUGACCCGUACGUCUACCACCGGGGAUGUUUUGGUGCGUAAAGGAGGGGCGCACAGCAAAGUGAGCGAAUUUCCCUGGAGGAAAUUGCACCAAAGAUGUCAACAUUGCUUAACCACCCACACGAAAUCGAUUGACAUAUACCCGAUUUAACUCCCAAAACGAGAAGUCAUGCACGUGGAGAGGAAAUGGCACAUUCUGUUGACAAUGUCCUUUCUGCUCAUCACCUCGGGCCAGUGUAUGGACAGCAAGGACGUCAAGCAGAGAGAAAGAAGGACCCUGUUGGAUCUAAUCUUACAGGUUAUCAGAGACAACCAGCAACGGGACAAACCCAUGUCCAGGCGCUGCAGCAGUGGACUCUUCACCUCAGCCCAAGACAUGUUCUCCUCCCGCGAAAAGCCUUUCUAUGUUCCUAGGCUGGAUAACAGUAGACUCAUAGAAGUUGUUCCUAGGGAUCUAAACAUGAAAGGCAAAUUCAUUCAGCAUUUCACAGCAGGACCAGUGAAGUUCUCGUCGGAGUGCAGGACACACUUUCAUAGACUUUAUCACAACACAAGGGAUUGCUCAAGACCAGCAUAUUACAAAAGAUGUGCAAGAUUGCUAACACGAUUAGCAAUGAGUCCACUCUGCAUGCAAUCCUAGAUAUUGCAUGUCCAAAAAAUGGGAGAGGCAUCGAUGUGUUGCCAAGGAAGUGCCUUCUAACCUACAGCAGUUAUAUGAACAUUGUUGUGUUUAUCAAACGCUUAUGGACUUUAUUAUUAUUAUUAUUUUCAUGUAUGUGCAUUUUAUUUCAAUAUAUUGUAUAAGACAUCAAUUCUAUAUUAAAUACACUUAUUUAUUAAAAGGGUAUGCUUGUAACCCUUUGACAAUAAUUUAAAAUCUGAUCAUUUUGGUAGAAGAAACCAUAUGUGAUGGACAGCGUUAGUUUCUUUUUUUUCUCCUUGCAUACGAAUUCCUUUCCCACUAUUAUGGGGACAUUAUAUUCUGAAAGAUCUGUUUAUUUGGCACUUGAGUGAUUGCUCACAAUAAAAACAUGGAAUGACAACAGUGGUGAUUAUGAACCGCAGUAUUGAACAAUAAAGAAUACUGAAGCACA